AUCGUCGGGACAUUUUGUUUUGUUCACUCAUUUCAGUAGAUAACUGUUGUAGGUUGCUUCAUCUGAGUUAACCUUACUCCAACUUCACAACAGUUGUUGUUAUCAGAUUAUAUCCGCCACAUGGUAGGACAGGUGAGCUAAGACCUCAUGCACCUGCCCUUUGAGGCUGUUGCCGUAUUUCCCUAAAAGAGAACACGACGCUCUUUUUGACAUCUUUCCAACAAUCUAAUGGUGUCAGUCACCAGGAAACGUCAUCCUAUCUUCAGACAUAAGCCGGGAAUGACAUUUUUCCAAGUCUCUGCGAAUGAUUGAUGUCAUAGAGGAAAACUGGGUGUUAACGCAGUUGGCGACUUCUGGCAUUGAGUUGACCCCCUCAUGGAAUGGAUAGCGUCCGAGUGGCUCAAUGUUGGGCCAGAAGAAGGAAGUAGUCAUUGACGCACUGCCGAUUAGCGUACUUUCCUUCCUUCCUUCCUUCCUUCCUUCACGUCCACUUGCAAGGAGCACUUUUUCUUUCGGACACUUGCAAGAGCUCUCUGCCCCCGGAAGACACUUGAGUUCACCGACAUUGUUUUUCUAUCCAUCGUGCUGCACACGUCUCCUUCGACUUCUGCGGGUGUUUACGUUUACUGUGUACAAGUUUUUGGGAUUAAGAUUCGUGACAGUGUCGUGAAAUAUUGGCAUAUGACUUUUCACGAAUGACGCAGAAUAUACUGAAAGUUUUACGCAAUUUUGUUUUCUAAUUCCUAAGACUAUAUAUCAGUUUCACACAGUUCUGGGAUCGUUUAUUUGUUGUUAUUGAACAUAUUCUUUGGAAUAAUCAACGCUCUUCAAGUUAUACGCCAGCAUUAAGUUUGUAUCACCAAGGAACAGCUGAUAGUUUCAUGAUGUAAUAUAGUGGCAGAAUUCCGACUGAUAUUACUGAGAAGAAAAGGUGAAAGGCACUGUCCAAAUUUCACAAAUGGUUAAUGACUGAGGAUUCGUCGGUUUUAAAUGCCAUCAAUUCACCGUCACCAAGCCUGGUCCAGGGCUGCAGGAAACGGAGAAAUGAUGAAAUAAAGGCGUUCCUACGUCAUUAAGGAGUAGCCACAUCAGUCUAGCAGGAAUGAGUCCAGAGAAAAAGAAAGAAGGCUCAUCAACAGCUCGAAUGGAGAGAUACGAGAGCCUGGGCAUUGUCGGGGAGGGUUCGUACGGCAUCGUGCUCCGUUGCCGACAUAAGGAGACUGGGCAGACCGUGGCUAUCAAGAAGUUCCUCGAGAGUGAAGACGACCACACUGUCAAGAAAAUCGCCCUCAGGGAAGUGCGCAUGCUCAAGAAACUCCGCCACGAAAACCUUGUGAACCUGAUUGAGUUCUUCCGACGCAAGCGCAGAUUGUAUCUGGUGUUUGAAUACGUCGACCACACCAUCUUGGACGAACUGGAAUCCACGGAGACCGGCCUGGAGGAAAGCAAAGCCAGAGCUCACAUAUUUCAAGUUCUUAGGGGCAUCGCCUUCUGUCACCAGAAUCAGAUCAUCCAUAGAGACAUCAAACCCGAAAAUGUGUUAGUGAGCAGGUUGGGUGUUGUCAAACUAUGCGAUUUUGGCUUCGCCCGUUUGCUAGCAGGACCGGGCGAGUCCUGCACAGAUUACGUUGCUACAAGAUGGUACAGAGCUCCUGAGCUUCUUGUGGGUGACACAAGAUAUGGAAGGUUAAGGGUGGAUAUAUGGGCAUGCGGUUGUCUCCUGUCAGAAAUGCUUACUGGAGAACCCCUUUUCCCAGGAGAAUCUGACAUUGACCAGCUUUUCCAUAUCAUACAGACAUUAGGUGAACUAAGUACAUCACAUCGACAACUUAUGGAGAGAAAUCCUAUGUUAGCGGGACUAAAGCUACCAGCUGCAGCUUCCACACCAUUGAUGGGGUCUUUCCCGUCUUGGUCGAGCCGUGCUCACUCUUUUGUUGCAGCUUGUCUUUGUUUAGAACCAACAGCUCGCCCACAUGCCCAGUCACUCCUAUCCCAUGAUUUUUUCAUUCAUGAUGGGUUUCCUGAGGCAUUUAUACCUAUCCUAAGACAAAAGGUACAGCAGGAGUUUAGUGGAAAUGUUCUUCUCGGUGUAAAUGGAAGGAGGGGAUCUAGUACAAAUGAAAAAAGAGGGAGGGUGCGCAAGGGGCCUGGUGGACACAGCCCAGAAAGCAUAUAUGGUCGUAGCAUUGCUAGACCACUUCCUCCCCAGCCGACAUCAACUACUUCCAGAUCAGAAAAUGCACACUCAGUUAGAGCUUCCCCUACAAAGCAACCAACAUUCUGCCAACCAUCUCAAUCGAUACCAGCCACCAAACCCUCAGUGUCGUUUGCACCAUUGACCCCUUCCCACCAGAGGUCGAGUGGGAUAUCAGGACCUAAUAGUCUUGCUCCAGCUAUAGCAGAAGAUGCACCUUUGAGUCCUAGAUCAUCUCUAAUUCCUCCUCUUAGAGAUUCACAUACUAUCAUAACGUCUAGUGUGAUUUCGAAUCCUGUUCCAACGAGUACAAGCAACAAUAAUACAAUAGCCCUAACUCUUAACAUCACAGGGACAACAAAUACUGCAUCACCAGCAAGAAAUAGCAGGGUAAAUGAGAAAGGGCGUAAGUCACCAGUCAAUCUGUGGGGUACUAACUCAAAAUCUAGAGGACAAGCUCUGUGCAUUCAAGGACAAGGGCAAGGCAUUGGCUCUUCACAUAUAAAUUGGGAAGAUGAUGACAAUUUUGGAAUGGCUCUGGAUGGUCCUUCAUCCUUUACUUCAUGUAAUCGUCAACUUGCCCUUGAAAGCAACAAGAAUUUAGACAGCACUCGAAAUAUAGACUUGAGUCGUCAUCCUUACACUAUCAGCUUGGACAGGACAAAAGAACUUUUUGGCAGAGACAGUUCGUAUAGAGAUAAUUCCUCCCACAGAGAGUUCACUCGUGACCCCUUAAGAGAGAUCAGGGACAACCCUCGAGAUCCUUUAGGACUUAAUAAGGAACUCAGAGAAUCUAUUCGAAGACCCAAACUAGAAAUGGGAUGGGCAAAACCUCGACUUCUGAAUGAUGAUUUGUCUCUGCCAAAUGUCCCUGGUGGUGCUUUAUCUAAUAAUGGGAAUAGUAGCCCUAAAAAGAAUAGCAAUUCUGUACCUGGAUCAAGCAGCUGGAUUGUUGGAAAUAAACCCCCAAGGCCAGGAGUUAUUAUGCCACUCCUCAGUAAUAACAAGAGCAACUCAGCAACUUCAUCAGAUUCCACUCCUCCUUCCUCACCUUUAGCCAAUCUACCUUUUGUGUGACCCUUGUGAACUACAUUGAAAUGUACUGAUCAACUGUUUGGAACCUGAAGUGAAAAACAUUGAUAAUUUGAAACUGAGUUUAGCAACUUAGAAAGACCAGUAAUUACAGAUUGAUCAGGUCAUCUUCUAGAAAGACAAGCAAAUACAGAUUGAACAAGGAGACAAGUAAAUACAAUUGAACAAGGCAUCUCUUAGUUUUUAAACCUCUUUAUGUUUGUAUAGUGUGCUGUUACAUGAAAAGAAAUCUACAAGGGACUUUUGUGAGUGAAAUUUAGAAUGCACUACAAUACAUGCUAAAGUAUACAUCAAAGUUUGCAGAAGCAUAGUUGAUCAGAGAAAUAUGCCAUGAAUUAAGUUAGUAAUAUUGCUCACAUAAAAUUAUUUCCUCCAC